CUACAGACACGGCAACGAACAGAUCGAGGUUUAUACCACCGUCUUCUCCCCCCAGGUCUGCAGGUUGAGGACAAGGACGAGAUAUGUGGGAGCAGAGAAGAUGGCGGUGGCGAGGAUCCAGUACCGGGGCCGCUGGCCGAAGGAGCUGAACCUGAACCAGGGGGACCUGGUCCAGGUUCUGUUUAAGGAGGAUGAGGCGUGGUGGUUCGGGCGGCUGAAGAACGGGGAGGAGGGUUACUUCCCCGCCGCCUGUGUGGAGCUGCUGCAGGGUGGAGCGUCUUCCAUAGCCACGCCCACACUGCUGAGGAGAGGCUCAGUACCAGCAGUUGUAUUGACCGCAGGCGCCCCCUGUGGCUGCACGAGCGGUCGCAGCACCCCGAAGCUGCUCAGGAAGAACAGCAUCCGCCGCCCGCUCGGCCUCGAUGGGCCCUCAGUGGCGGCGGCAGGAACGGGAGGCUCCUCCGCGGCUCCUCAGGGGUCUCCGAGCCUCCUCCACCGAGUCCUGGCCAAAUCCAGGAGGAAGAGCUGCCCGCAUCUCACCCACAUCCACCACCCUGCCCCCGACACCGGUUCCGUGAACACCGCCUUCCAGCCGGACUAGACCCGAGGUCACUCCUCCUGUUCCUCCUCUGCACGUGACCCGGGAGUCCCAGGGGUCAGGUCCAGGUCGCUGGGAGGCCCUCCUUCAUCUGCUCGAGUCUGAAGCGAGUUUCAGAGGCCGAUCGAGUCACCUGUCCGUCGAAAACCUCCCAGUCAGCCCCGAUCGCCCGACGUCAGCCUCAGCUGGACCCCUCAGACGGGGCGGAGCCACCGUCGCUGUCAGAGACGCUCGCUGAGGCUUCAGAAAAAGGUCGGGACACCGGUCCAGCUUCAUUGCUUUAUUAAAACUGUACAGUCACUUUGUUUUUGUGUCACUUCACAAAUGUGAUGUUUAAAAAAUAAAUAAAAGCAUUUAAAAUCCA